AUGUCGUUCAUAACGAGUGUUUUACCAGCACCCAUUCGUGGGGGUGGACACAAUGCCGCACAGCGACACACUCAGGGCCCAGCGAAUCCACCAGUACAAUCCGCCGGUCCACCUCCCUACGGCAAACGCAAGGGAUGGAUGCCCAAGACCUUGGCCGACUUCGGAGGCGGUGGAGCGUUUCCUGAACUGCACGUAGCGCAGUUUCCUCUAGGCAUGGGUAAAAAGAAGACGGCUGGCAAGGUGAUCUCCAUGCAGGUGGACGCGGAGGGCAACGUCAAGCACGAUGUUCUGGCGCAGCAAGGUCUGCGCAAGGGAGUGGUAGUGCACUCGAAUCUCAAGGGCAUGCAAACCAAGGAUGUGGUCGAAGGCAACAACAACAGGCCAGACGAGAAUGUCAUCAACCAGACUACAGAGGAGACACAACUGAAGCUAGAGAAGAUCAUCAACUCAAAGGUGGCGGCGGCCAAACCCGUUCGUGCGGCAGAACCUCUCGCGCCAGCGCAAUAUAUCAGGU